AGCAUCCCAGUUACCGCUAACAUGUCUUCCACCCGCACUACAAGAAGCUCUCAAAAAAGAUUUUGCCGCGCGUUUGGUGAUUGCAUGACUAAACCAACCAUUGCUGCUUCACCACCUCGUCACUCGAGUCCCAGACUCGAGCUUCAGGUGGAAGAGUUGCAUAAAGAAGUGAAGAAAGAGAAAGAUCUAAAGUCUGUGUACAAGAUGAGGUUGGAAAGAACACAAGAUUAUCUUAAAUACUGUCUGCAGACAGCACAAGACAAUGGAUUCUUGAACCUUAUUCUUAACAAAAAGGAUAACGCUCAAGAAUCUUCAGCGGCUUCGUUAUCAUCUCCGAGUCCCUCAUCUGUCAUCAUUCAAGCUUCUACGGAUCCUCAAACACCACCGGCUGUUCAACAAAAUACCGAUCUUUCAGCUCUCAUUGAACAAGCCAAGAGAAAUGGAUGGUACAUUGAUCCACACGAGAUUGAACUCCACAAGAAAAUAGCUCAAGGAAGCACAGCAGAAAUAUACCAAGCAACAUGGAGAGGUCUAGAUGUUGCAGUGAAGUGCAUAUUUCCUGACUACUUUAACCUAAACGAUUGCGGAGUCAACUUCUUCGCUCAAGAGGUCGAAACAUUAUCAAGACAACGUCACAGCUACGUACUCCAGCUAAUGGGCGCGUGUCUUGACCCACCUAACCACGGUUGGAUCAUUACCGAGUUCCUAAACAUGACUUUGAAGGACUGGCUACAUGGCCCGGGUAAGAGGAAGAAAGAACGUGUCACCGCACUCCCACCUUUUGAGGACCGAUUAGCCAAGGCAUUAGAGAUUUCUCAAGGGAUGCAGUAUUUACAUGAACACAAGCCUAUGAUCAUACAUCGGGACUUGAAACCGAGUAACAUCUUUUUGGAUGACGCGUUUCAUGUGAGAGUUGCGGAUUUUGGGCACGCCCGGUUCUUAACUAAUGAAGAAAAGGCGUUUACGGGUGAAACAGGCACGUACGUGUACAUGGCCCCCGAAGUGAUCCGAAGUGAGCCAUAUGAUGAAAAAUGUGACGUUUACAGUUUCGGGGUAAUUCUUAACGAGCUUCUAACAGGCCAAUACCCGUACAUUGAGACCGACCAUGGUCCCUCCAAGAUUGCGUUAGAAGUAGGGGAGGGCAAGAUAAGGCCAGCACUACCAAAGCAUGAAGAGAACAUUGAAGAUCUUAUCGAACUGAUUCAACUCUCGUGGGACGAAGACCCGGAAUACAGACCAUCUUUCGCUACGAUUACUCGUGGUCUGAAAUUAAUUUACAAUAGACUUGCUAAUUCUCCAUAGAACUUCUCAUUAAUCUGCCCUGUAGGAAUUUAAAUUGUGCUUUCAAAAUUUUCA